AUGAAAAUCCGUACUCUGAAACUCAGAGAAGCCCACAAAUCUAUCAAUGGUAUUAACAACAGCCCUUCCUUCUGUUCCAUCUUAUGGGACCAACAGGCCCUUCAUCUCGUUACAGCCUCCUCCUCUGACCCAUCAAUUUCCAUCCAUGACCCUCUUCUCCCCUCAAAUCCUCCAAAGAUUCUCCGCCGCCACCGCGACGGUGUUACUGGCUUGGCUCUUAGCCCUAACUCCACCUGCCUCGCCUCUGGAUCUAUUGACCGCUCCGUCAAGCUCUAUAAGUUUCCAAGUGGCGAGUUUGAGACUAAUGUAACUAGAUUCACGCUGCCGAUUCGUGCUCUUGCAUUUAAUAAAUCAGGGAGUAUGCUGGCAGCGGCUGGCGAUGAUGAAGGCAUUAAACUUAUUAAUACAAUCGAUGGUUCGAUUGCUAGGGUUCUGAAAGGACAUAAAGGACCUGUCACUGGCUUAGCUUUCGACCCUAUAAAUGAGUACUUGGCAUCAGUAGAUUCUAUUGGGACUGUUUUAUUUUGGGAACUGCAGUCUGGUGGGAUCUUACACACACUAAAAGGUGUUGCUCCUAAUGCUGUAUCGGACACUUCUGUCAUGAAUAUAGUUAGUUGGAGUCCAGAUGGGGAGACCUUGGCUGUCCCUGGUUUGAGAAAUGAUGUGGUGAUGUAUGAUAGAGACACAGCAGAGAAGCUGUUUACAUUUAGAGGUGACCAUGUGCAGCCUGUAUGUUAUUUGUCUUGGUCACCUAAUGGCAAAUACAUGGCCACUUCUGGUUUGGACAGGCAGAUUCUGAUAUGGGAUGUCGAUAAGAGGCAGGACAUUGACAGGCAAAAGUUCGAGUAUAGAAUAUGUUGUAUGGCAUGGAAGCCAAUUGGUAAUGCAUUGGCUGUCAUUGAUGCUACGGGAAAGUAUGGUCUGUGGGAAUCAGUUGUUCCUUCUUCAUUGAAAUCUCCUACAGAAGAUAUUCCAAGUUUGAAGAACAGUAAUGGGCUUCUUUUGUUUGAUGAGGAGGAUCCAGAGCCCAGUACGUCUGGUAGUUUAAGUGAUCUUGGCGAAGAUAGUCUUGGUGAAUCAGAACCACCUAGCAGGAAAAGACUACGUAAACAGUCUGAAUUUGAAGAUCCAGAUGAGGAUAUUAAUGACGAGUUGAGCUUGCUUCCGAAGACUGAACCCAGAAAAAAGGCGCGUUGUGCUGGCAAGGAAAACUUGGGAAAUGAGGGACUAAUAAGUGUGAAAUCUGCUAGGUUGACGAUGCAGGAGGCUUUUCAGCCAGGUGCUACUCCUCCACUGCCUGGAAAGAGGCGCUUCCUGUGCUACAAAAUGCUUGGAACUAUAACUACAGUGGAAAAUGAUGGAUACUCCCACAUAGAGAUCGACUUUCAUGAUACUGGCAGAGGUCCGCGAGUUCCUUCAAUGACCGACCAUUUUGGUUUCACAAUAGCCUCAUUAAAUGAGAAUGGAAGUGUUUUUGCCAAUCCCUGCAAAGGUGAGAAGAAUAUGAGUACUCUCAUGUAUCGCCCGUUCAGCAGCUGGGCAAACAACAGUGAGUGGUCUAUGCGAUUUGAAGGGGAAGAAGUGAAAGUUGUGGCACUUGGUACUUCUUGGGUUGCUGCAAUUACUAGUCUUAAUUUUCUGCGCAUCUAUACUGAUGGUGGUUUGCAGAGAUAUAUUCUCUCCCUUGAUGGACCAGUGGUGACUGCAUCAGGCUUCAAAAAUCAACUUGCAGUUGUAACUCAUGCUUCUGAUUGUCUUUCCUCAAGUGAUCAGAUGCUAGAGUUCAGAGUAUUUGACAUAUCUAAUGGGACCCAGCCACUUACAGGGUGUCUUCCCUUAACUCCAGGUUCACAUCUAACAUGGUUCGGGUUUAGUGAAGAAGGCCAAUUAAGUUCAUAUGACUCUAAGGGUGUUUUGCGGGUUUUCACAAGCCAAUUUGGUGGUAGUUGGCUCCCAAUCUUCAGUGCUAGUAAAGAGAAGAAGUCUGAUGAAAGCUACUGGGUGGUUGGACUGAAUGCUAGCAAGUUGUUUUGUAUUGUCUGCAAGAGUUCUGACAUGUUUCCACAGGUGAUGCCCAAACCAGUCCUCUCUCUAUUGAAUCUUUCAUUCCCUGUUGCAUCCUCUGAUCUGGGAGCAGAUGCCCUGGAAAAUGAGUUUAUACUGAACAGCAUGCACCUCUCACAGAUUCAGAGAAGGAUGGAAGAGAUGGCAGUUGCUGGUUUGGAUACCACUGCACUUGAUGAUGAGGCUUUCAAUAUGGAGGCAACUCAAGAUAGAUGCAUCCUGAGGCUGAUUGCGUCUUGCUGUAAUGGUGAUAAGCUUGUGAGGGCUACAGAACUUGUGAAGCUUUUAUCACUGGAAAAAUCGAUGAAGGGAGCCAUAAAGCUUGUUACAGCUCUGAAGCUUCCAAAUUUGGCAGAACGAUUCAACAGCAUACUGGAGGAAAGAUUGCUUAAUGAAUCCAAGGAAACUCACAAAACCCCCGUCAUGAACUCUAACGGUAGUGCAUCUCUAACAGCUGAUGCUGCAGUCAGCAGCACGAUAUUGACUUCAACUGGAAAAAAUGAAACACCCGAACCUAGCAUUGCCUUCUCAUCACCAACACUGUCAGCCCCACUAUUUAUCAAAAAAGCAAAUAAGCAAGAACGUGAAAAAGGUGAUCAGAACCAAACUGCAAACGCAAAGACCAGUAUGGAGACGAGCAAUGCAGAGAAGGUGAAAAAUGCUGGAAAUGUGAAAAGUGUAGAAGGAAAGAUGACAAGCGAAGUGUUAAAGAGAUGUACGUAUUGUGGAAUGGAUAGCACUCCACAAUGGAGGAUGGGUCCAUUGGGUCCGAAGACGCUGUGUAACGCUUGCGGUGUAAGGUACAAGACUAGAAGACUGUUCUCGGAGUAUCAGCCGGCUGCCAGCCCUAGUUUUGAUGAGAAAAGGCAUUCAAAUUUUCAUAAGCAGAUUUGGAAAAAGAGGGCCAAUUUGAACUAA